AGAGAUGAGAUUAUUGCCAUAAUUUAAAGGAAAAAUUGCUGAAUGACAUAAUGGAUUUAAGGAACAUGGCAGUUGGAAUCAUACUCUCACUUCAGAGUACACUUGGUAUUCUGGGAAACUUCUCUCUUCUUUUCUACUAUUUAAUGCUUUAUAACAAAGAACACAAAUUAAAGAUCCUAGAUAUAAUAUUUAUACAUGUGUUCACAUCCAACUCCUUAAUUAUUCUCUCCAAAGGACUUCCAGAGGUAUGUGGAGUUUUUGGAUGGAAUGAAUUAUUCAAUGAUGCUGGGUGUAAACUAAUUAUGUAUGUUCGAAGAGUUUCCAGGAAUAUGUCCAUCAGCACCACCUGCCUCUUAAGUGUCUUUCAGGCAAUCACCAUCAGCACCAGGAACUCCAGCUGGAAGGAAUUUAAAGUGAGAACCACAAAAUUUAUGGGCCUAUUCUGUUGGAUUCUGUUCAUGCUAAUAAAUAUGCUUUUCCCCGUGUAUACAUCUACCAAUAGAAAUAGCAAAAAUAAAACACGAAGAAGAGAUAUUGAAUUCUGCCACUCAGUAGGUCGUGACAAAAUAGUAGAUUUAAUGUAUACAGCAUUUUGUGUGAUGCCUGAAGUCCUGUUUUCUUUGCUCAUUGUAUGUUCCAGUACCACAAUGAUUGUUUUACUUUAUGGACAUAAAAAGAGGGUUCAACACAUCCUCCAAACUCAUUCUUCCCCUAGAACCUCUGCUGAAAAUAGAGCCACACAGACCAUUCUGAUCCUGGUUUUCACCUUUCUAACAUUUUAUACUCUCUCUUCUAUUUUACAAGGCUAUAUUGCACUUUCACAUGAUCCCAGUUGGUGGGUAAUGAAUAUAACAGCCAUCAUUUCUAUGUGUUUUCCUACUAUAGGCCCAUUUGUGAUAAGUCGUGAUUUCACUGUUUCCAAAUUCUACUUUACUUGUAUAAGAAAUAUAAAACUUCCAUAA